GGGAAGGCGGAGAGGGCGACGGCCGAGGCGGGGAUGACGAGCUCGGGGGCCCACCGUGCCUGCUGAGGGGAAUAGUCGAUCGGUUAUGGUCAUUAUCUUCAGAUGAAUAGCCUUUGCUGGCUGGAGUGAGCCUACAAUAAUGAGCGGUGCAGCUUUGGGACUUGAAAUUGUUUUUGUCUUUUUUCUGGCUUUGUUAAUACUUCAUCGAUAUGGAGACUUUAAGAAACAGCAUAGACUUGUUAUUGUAGCAACACUACUUGCUUGGUAUCUCUGCUUUCUCAUAGUCUUCAUCCUGCCCUUGGAUGUUAGUACGACAAUAUACAACCGUUGCAAACAAGCUGCCAACUCUAGCCCUUCAGAAAAUAACAGCAUAACUGGAUCCUACUCUGCAGCUGUUCCUGACAGAGGAAAACACCCGUGUUUCAAGCCAUGGAGCUAUAUCCCUGAUGGAAUCAUGCCAAUUUUCUGGCGUGUUGUUUAUUGGACAUCACAGUUUUUAACAUGGAUCUUGUUACCUUUUAUGCAGUCAUAUGCAAGAUCAGGAGGAUUUUCCAUCACUGGAAAGAUCAAAACAGCACUGAUUGAGAAUGCAAUCUAUUAUGGCACCUAUUUGCUGAUUUUUGGAGCAUUUUUAAUUUAUGUGGCUGUAAAUCCAAAUUUGCACUUAGAAUGGAACCAGCUUCAGACAAUUGGGAUAGCUGCUGCCAACACAUGGGGCUUAUUCCUCCUUGUUUUAUUGUUGGGGUAUGGCUUGGUGGAAAUUCCUCGAUCUCAUUGGAAUGGAGCUAAGAGGGGUUAUCUACUCAUGAAGACAUAUUUCAAGGCUGCCAAACUGAUGACUGAGAAAGCAGAUGCAGAAGAGAAUUUAGAGGAUAUAAUGGAAGAAGUUCGAAAAGUGAAUGAAAGCAUAAAGUAUAAUCACCCUUUGAGAAAAUGUGUUGAUACAAUAUUAAAAAAGUGUCCUACAGAAUACCAGGAAAAAAUGGGUAGGAACAUGGAUGACUAUGAAGACUUUGAUGAAAAACAUAAUACUUACCCAAGUGAGAAAAGUUUGGUUAAAUUACAUAAACAGGUCAUUUAUUCAGUUCAGAGACACCGUCGUACACAAGUACAGUGGCGAAUUCUUUUGGAACAAGCAUUUUAUCUUGAAGAUGUGGCAAAAAAUGAAACCAGUGCUACUCGUCAGUUUGUUCAUACUUUUCAACCACAAGAACCAGAAAACAGAUUUAUCCAGUAUUUCUAUAGUCCAACAGUUGAAUGGUACUGGGAAUGUCUUUUGAGGCCCUGGUUUUACAGGAUACUUGCUGUUGUUUUGGCCAUCUUCUCUGUGAUUGUCGUUUGGUCAGAAUGUACAUUCUUUAGCACUAAACCUGUCUUAUCCCUAUUUGCAGUCUUCAUACAACUGGCAGAAAAAACAUAUAAUUAUAUAUAUAUCGAGAUUGCAUGUUUUCUUUCCAUCUUCUUCUUAAGCAUCUGUGUUUAUUCUACUGUCUUCAGGAUCCGUGUAUUUAACUAUUAUUAUUUAGCAUCACAUCACCAAACUGAUGCUUACAGUCUUCUCUUUAGUGGCAUGUUAUUCUGUCGUUUAACUCCCCCUUUGUGUCUAAAUUUUUUGGGCUUGACACACAUGGAUUCAACAAUUUCUCACCAGAACACUCAGCCAACUGCUUAUACAUCAAUUAUGGGUUCCAUGAAAGUACUAUCUUUUAUUGCUGAUGGAUUCUAUAUUUAUUAUCCUAUGCUGGUUGUUAUUCUCUGUAUUGCUACUUAUUUUAGUUUAGGAACACGUUGUCUGAAUCUGCUAGGUUUUCAACAAUUCAUGGGAGAUAAUGAUAUGACAUCUGAUUUAGUCGAUGAAGGAAAAGAGUUAAUUAGACGAGAGAAGAGAAAGAGGCAAAGACAAGAAGAAGGUGAAAAUCGAAGAAGAGAAUGGAAGGAGCGUUAUGGAAACAAUCGAGAAGAUUCCACCAGGAAUAGAAAUGUUCAUACUGACCCAAAAGAGUCAAAUUAUGCAGAAACCAAUACCAACAGAUCAGUAUCUAAGUAUACAAGAUCUAAUAAUCGGACUGAAAGAGAUAGAAUUGAAUUACUCCAAGAUGCAGAACCUCUAGAUUUUAAUGCAGAAACGUUCACUGAUGAUCCUCUUGAAUGUGAAUCAGGAAGGUAUCAAUCUGGUGGAAGGUAUCUGUCAAUGUCUCGAAGCCAAAUAUUUGAUGAUGUCUAAAGUUUGAAAAUAUUUAGGGGACAAUUAACUAUUUGAAGCCUGCAUAACCAAGGCAUUUCUCAUGUUGUACAGUAUUGUAACAUCAGUGUACCCUCAGAACUUGCUUUCUUUUUGGAAGAAGAAAAGUCAAGUUAGGGUAAAAAAAUGACACUGAGAAUUUACAGCUUGUAUAAUAAUUUAUUUCUCAUCAAGUAGUAGAGGACCAUAUGCUUGUGGGAUUUAUUGCAUAUGAUGCAGCUUUUUGUGUGUUCUCUCAAUGGAUAAUGGGAAUGUCAGUUUAAUUCAUAUUAAAAAUUAGUCCAUGCAAAAACA